ACAGCCUGAGGGCUGCUGGGAUGCGAGCGGAGCUGGAGGCGCUGCCUCCCCUGGUGGUCCCGAGGCUGAGUAUGCGCGGCGAGGGCGAGGGGGGGGGGCAGGACCCCGGCCUGGGGGCUCUGAGGAGGAAGACCAGCCAACUCCUCGACAGCCUCCAGCACAUAAGUGCCAGCAUGAAGGUCGUCUCCUUGUGCCCCUCACAGCCAGCUGGAGGAGCCGCCGAGGUGAGGGCGCGACCGGCAGCUCAGCUCCUGGAGCAGGCAGCACAACUGCAACAGCUCAGGGACACCGUCAAUCGCAUCAAGGAUGAAGUGGAUCGUGUGUCGGCCGGCCAGAGGACGGGCACUCGCGUUCCCUCAGACUUUGCCACCUUCCCAUCGCCCGCCUACACCAAGGCUCGGGCGGAGCUGCCUGUGUACUUGGGGAAGGUAACGGUGCCGUGUGAGGAUGGUCGGGGGCAGCUUCACCGCAUCAUCGUCCAACAGGAGCAGCUCCAGCAGCUACACAGCCGCCUCAUCUAACCCCGGCAAAGCCCCCUCCCCAAUAUAGCCCCCUUGCAUACACUACCACCCUCGUAUAGCACCCCCACCCUGGCACAGCCCCCCCAUGGUCCCCCGGUACAGCCCCUCCCCCAAAC